AUGCUCGUCUCAAGAUACGGUGUAGUUAAGAAGUAUGCGACUGAGUCUAGAGAGGAGGGUGAUUACGAUGCACAGUUAAAGAAUCUGGACAGAUUAGUCACUAAUUUGCAGAAUAAGAUUCUGUAUAAGCUUGAUGAAGGACUUAAACCUCUUGCUUCUACGACCCGGACUCGGAUCAGUUCCAAGAGAAAGAAAGAGCUUGAGCCUGAGCCUGAGCCUGUAUACUACGCUCCAAGGCCUUUUCCAUUAGGAUCUCAGUUUCAUUACCCCUCAAUGAUGGUUUUGGCCUUGGAAGUAGGACCACAUGAUCUUGGUUUCAUGGGAACUCCACAACGGGUUGUGUCACCUCCAGGUGCUCGUUAUGAUCCUAUAGGCUCAGGUUUUGAGUUUCGCCUAUUCGGAAGGUGA